AUGUUCGAGGGUACGAGUACCGGGAACGGUAAUGGGAACAAGAUGAAUUUGCGCCUAGAGAUCCUCGAGGGUUUGUUGGCCUCGUUGGGUGAGGGAACGAACGCAAAAGUGAAUUCGUUGAAGCAGACGAUCAGGAGGAAUAAAAGCGAUAUGGCCGACGAUGCUGCGCGAUCGCUCGAUUUGAUGCGACAGGUUUUCCAGUCGGAGAUCACUGAUGAAUUUCGACAGAUUAUUGAGAGACAUAUCAGGACUACUUUUUCACCGGCACUGGAAAAUCUGCGAAGGAAUGGACUGGAAGUAACAGACGACGAUAUCAAAUGUUUGUGUCGAAGUAUCCUUGAAGCAGCAAAGAAACCAUUUGAAGAUGGAAAGCAUCCUCAGUUAUAUCCAGAAAAGACGGUCGAUUCACCCGGUUUCCCGGCUGGAACAGAAUCGGACCUGGAAAGCGAAGCCAGUGUUGCAAAUUAUGUCGUUCAUCAGCAUCUGACAACGACUCCUCUGCGUGGUCGAAAGCGUGGUCGACCUCCUAAGGUUUAUUAA